UUUCAUAGAGUAAGAACUACGGUUUUAUUCCAUCUUUCCCUUUGGCUAGAAGGGAGGAGCGCCAGGGUUUCCUCGAUCGAUCGAUUCGCAAAUGCGGCUGCCAGGCGAUGUUUGAUGCGCUUCCAGCUCUCGAUUGAUCCAAGCGGCGCCUUGUGUGGAGUGAAUGCAGGCGAGCUAGAGGCAAGAUUUGCGAUCCGAGCCCUCGCGGAGUGCCAGGAUGUAUCACAACAUGUGGGGCGGGCCUCUGGAGGUCUUCCAGUUGGAGGGCCACGACGAUGACCAGAGCCGGAGCAUGGAAUUGGAUCGAGCGGCGCUCCAGAAGCUCGAGGAGACGCAGCAGAGCUGGCUGCUUGGAGCUGGAGAGAAGAAGAAGAAGCAGGUCGUGGAUCUAGGCUGCAUUGUUUGCAGUAGGAAGCUCUUCACGGGGAUUGUCACGGCAUUGGUCGCGGUUGGGCUUAUCAUUGGGUUCACGGUGCUGAUCGUCAAGACGGCGCCCAAGCAUCGCCGCCACGCUCCUCCUCCGGAUAACUACACGGUGGCGCUCCAUAAGACUCUCAUGUUCUUCAAUGCCCAAAAGUCUGGGAAGCUCCCGAAGCACAACAACGUAUCUUUUAGAGGCAAUUCUGGCAUGCAAGAUGGAGUGGAUCCUGGGAUCCACGGGAACUUGAUCGGGGGCUACUACGACGCUGGUGACAACAUCAAGUUCUUGUUCCCGCAGGCCUACACCAUGACUCUUCUCAGCUGGAGUGUGAUUGAGUACCGUGCCAAGUACGAGGCGGCCGGCGAGCUUGCGCAUGUCACGGAGCUUAUAAAAUGGGGAAUGGACUACAUUCUCAAGACUUUCAACUCGACGGGGCUCCAGAUUUACAAUGAAACCACCACUCACAUCGACUACAUCUACGCACAGGUUGGUACUGGCACAACCGGAGGCGAUGCCACAGCUACUGCCACUCCAAACGAUCACUCUUGCUGGGAGCGACCAGAGGACAUGGAUUAUCCUCGCCCGGUUUCCCAGCUCGGCACGGGAUCAGACUUGGCUGGUGAAAUGGCCGCGGCACUUGCGGCCGCUUCCAUAGUUUUCAAGGACAAUGCACCGUACUCCCAAAGGCUAGUCAAUGGUGCAAGGGCACUCUUCAAGAUGGCGAGGGAAAAAAGAGGUCGCUACAGUGCUGGUGGAUCUGAUGCAGCCCAGUUUUACAACUCGUCCGGAUACUUUGACGAGUUUCUAUGGGGUGGAGCUUGGUUAUACUAUGCUACAGGAAACUCGUCCUACCUACAGCUAGUCACAACAUAUGGUAUUGGAAGGAACGCCGGAGCCUAUGGAGGAGGUCCAUACUACGGUGUUUUCGAUUGGGAUAACAAGCUUUUUGGUGCACAGGUGCUCUUGACGAGACUGAGAAUUCUACAAAGCCCUGGAUAUCCUUACGAAGAAGUGCUGAAGAAUUUCCACAACCACACCAAUCUUGUGAUGUGCUCUUACCUCCCACUGUACAAGAGGUUUCCUAGAACACCAGGCGGGUUGAUCAUUCUGAAUCGUGGAAAUCCCGCUCCUCUUCAGUACACGGCCAAUGCUGCGUUUCUCGCUGUGUUGUUCAGUGACUACAUGAUCGCUGGAGACGUUCCUGGAUGGUAUUGUGGCUCUCAGUUCUACACAGCAGACACAAUGCGCAACUUUGCGAAAUCCCAGGUGGACUACAUUCUGGGCAAGAACCCGCGAAAGAUGAGCUACGUCGUGGGAUACGGCAACAAGUAUCCCAAGCAAGUACACCACCGAGCGGCAUCCAUCCCCAAGAACAAGCGAAAGUACGGGUGCCAGGAAGGCUGGAGAUUUCGAGACAGCAAAAAGGCCAACCCAAACACCAUCGUCGGCGCCAUGGUUGGAGGGCCAGACACCAAGGAUCGCUUCCACGACGUGAGAAGUAACUACAACUUCACGGAGCCAACGCUGGCCGGGAACGCUGGCCUCGCGUUCGCGCUGGUGGCACUGUCGGGAGGCGAUUCAUCGUCGGGGGUGGACGCUUCGAACAUCUUCUCGGCGAUUCCACCGCAGUACCCGGCUCCUCCUCCGCCAUCGCCUCCCUGGGCUCCGUGAAGGCAAGUAGGAAUAACAGCGCUCGAAGUCUUUGACGGUGAUCUUGACGUGCCUCGAUCUAGUGUAAAAGAACAAGGUUAAGUCAAGUGAGAAGCAGCACCUUGUAUAACAUAUAGGGAUCAUUUGUAGUAAACCACCGCCAUCUUUGUCGCCC